CUGACGCUGGUGUACUUUUCGUUUCGCAGGGAGGAGUCAGACGUUAGUUUAUGUAUUAAAGUGACAUAUUUAUUGAAUUAUCGGCAAUUUUACAACAUGAAUCGCACCAUGUGUCCAUAAUGUAGUGUUAAUGUCGAUGAUGCCAAACUAUCGAUCAGGAGGACAAUAUUUUCGAUAAAAGAUCGAAGGAAACUGACGGAACAGGAAGGCGGAACAAGUAAGUUCUGGUCGGGAAAGUGGCUUUCAACUGUGCCGUUUCGUCACCGUUUGAUCGUCCGUCUGAGAUAAUGCCUGCUUUUACACGGAUCACAGACUGAGCAGAAAGCAAGACCAAAUCAUAACAAAGACUCCGUGCUGCUUGUUGACUCAACCUUUUGACUGCUUCCAUUUCAACAGUAAAUAAUUCACCUCCACCACAUGCAACCAUGUCCUUGGCCCUGAAACAAGUCUUCAACAAAGACAGGACAUUCCGGCCCAAGCGCAAGUUUGAGCCCGGGACGCAGCGCUUCGAGCUGCACAAGAAGGCCCAGGCAUCUCUGAACGCAGGGCUGGACCUGAAGCAGGCCGUGCAGCUGCCCCACGGUGAGGACCUCAACGACUGGGUGGCUGUUCACGUGGUUGACUUCUUCAACCGCAUCAACCUCAUCUAUGGCACCAUCAGUGACUCGUGCACCGAUCAGACCUGCCCGGUCAUGUCCGGGGGGCCCAAGUACGAAUACCGCUGGCAGGAUGAGCACAAGUACAAGAGGCCGACGGCGCUGUCGGCCCCCAAAUACAUGAGCUUGCUCAUGGACUGGAUCGAGGUACAAAUCAACAAUGAGAACAUCUUCCCCACCAAUGUUGGUACUCCCUUCCCUAAGCACUUCAUGCAGGUGGCUAAGAAGAUUUUGUCGCGUCUGUUCCGGGUGUUUGUCCACGUCUACAUCCACCACUUUGACCGCGUGAGCCAGAUGGGGGCCGAGGCUCACGUCAACACCUGCUACAAGCAUUUCUAUUACUUUGUUACUGAGUUUAACCUGACGGACCACAAAGAGCUGGAGCCUCUGAAAGAGAUGACCUCUCGGAUGUGUCACUGAGGGAGCGCUGAACCUGUUGACACACGCCGGACAAACAUCCGUCCAUCUACACGACUGCAGCGGACAACGAUAAGAACAAAUUCCAGAAAGAGUCUAUUUUUAUAUUUAAGUACUGUAAUCUAUUUUAGCCACAUACUGUAGGUUUAAAGCAAGAACCUUAUCAUAUGAGGCAUCCUGUUCCUUUAAGAAAAAAGUUUUCAAACAUUUUAUCAGAGCACAGUAUUAUGAGGUGUAUGUUUGUGUUGAUGUUUUUCUAUUUUAUUUGAAUCUCAAUCAUUCCAGGAGGCUUCUGACUUUCUGUCUUUUAGAUCUAAAAUUAGUACGAUUUCUUACUGUAUGUCUAUAAAAUCACUAUGUUGUUACAUUAAAAUGAAUCUUUACUCUA